ACCACGUGUUGUGCGUGAUCUCCCAUGAUGCACCAGGUGAUCGCUGAUCGGUAGACAGACGGGAAGAUGGCGGACGGAGUGGAUAUAGAUCUGUACGCCGACGACUUGGAGCAGGAAUUCACACAGGAGGGUGAGUUUGGCGAUGCAGACUUGUACAAUGAUGUCAUCACGGGAAACGCAGGUCCUGAUGGCGAGGGUGGGGAGGUAAGAAAGUACAUGGAGGGGCCCACCACCCCCACGGAGCACAAGACUAGCUCUGUUCCCUCCCACAGUGCCUACCAGGGCAGGCGAUGGUCGGUGUAUAUCGGAAACCUCACCUGGUGGACGACUGAUGCAGACCUGUCUGAAGCCAUCCUGUCAGUGGGAGUAAAAGACCUGCUGGAGAUCAAGUUCUAUGAGAACAGAGCAAACGGACAGUCCAAAGGGUUCUGUGUUUGCCACUUUGGUUCUGAACAGUCUCCCAGAAUGCUGAUGGACAAACUACCCAGGAAGGACCUUCAUGGACAGAACCCAGUCGUACGUCCCUGUAACCGACAGAGUCUCAACGAGUUCGAAAUGCAGUCCAGGAAAACGACUGGUGCGUCUGACAACCGUGGCCCCCCAGGCUUCCAGCAGCGAGGAGGGAUGCCGCCCAACCGCGGUCCGCCUCCACCAGGGAUGGGGAGAGGACGUGGGCGUGGCCGUUUCCCUAACGACAAGGGACCACACCCACAUCCUGACCGCUUCCCUGGGCCACCCGGACCCGGAGGACCCCCACCCUUCCCACCAGGACCACCUGGUCCCCCCAGAGGACCCCCUGGACCCCCACCAGGCCCAGGAGGACCCCCUCCUCCCCCUGGCAUGGGAGGACCCCCUAACAGAGGACCACCCCCUCCCAGGAUGGAGUAUCGAGACAGACCAUGGGGACCACCUAAUGAGCACAUUGAGCGACCACGCCAUUUCAUGCCUGACCACGGACGUCGUAUGGAAGCACCGUGGAGAGGGCCAGAGCCCGGCCCCCCUCGUGGUCCACCCCCUGGCAUGCAGCUGCCGCCCCCUCCUGGCCCGGGGGGUCCGAUGCCAGGACCACCGCGUGGACCCUCACCUGGUCCGCACCAGGGGCCGCCCCAUGGCCAGGGGCCGCCGCACCACGGGCCUCCACACGGACACGGGCACGGGCCACAUCAUGGGCCACCUCCCCCGCAGGAUAACAGAGGAUAUGGACCUCCGCCAUCACAAGGACCACCCGGACCCCCUCCUCCAGCCCUACCCCCUCGCCCAGGACCCCCUCCUCCUCCCCAACAUGGCCCCCCUACAAGUCUGGGCCCCCCUCCAGCCGGCCCACCCCCCACAGGACACAACCCCCCUCCUGCACCCCACGUCAACCCUGCCUUCUUCCCACCACCACAAGGACAGCCGGACCCUAGACAGCCCCCACCGGUCUCUGCAGCCAGUGAUCCCUACGCCCGACCCCCUCCCCCAGAGCACUACCCACCGGCGACCAGGGAACCCUACCAGCGGCCCCCAGAGAGACAUGACUCAGCCCCUCCUGCGCCAGCACUGAGCGAGGCAGAGUUUGAGGAGAUCAUGAACCGGAACCGUGCCGUGUCCAGCAGUGCGAUCUCGCGUGCCGUGGCUGAUGCUAGCGCCGGUGAGUAUGGCAGUGCCAUCGAGACCCUGGUCACAGCCAUCUCCCUCAUCAAGCAGUCCAAGGUGUCAUCAGACGACAGGUGCAAGGUUUUGAUCAGUUCUCUCCAGGAUUGUCUGCAUGGCAUUGAGGCGAAGUCAUAUGGUUCUGGCUCCAGGAAGCGGGAUAGACACUCCCGCGAGCGAGACAGCAGCCCGAGCCGCCGGUCCUCCAAGAGCCGCAAGAGAGACCGCGAGCGCGACCGGUCCCGUAGCCGUGAGAGGGACUACCGAGAGUACCGUGAGCGCAGCAGCAGGGAGAGAGACCAUUACCGCGAGCACCGCGACAGAGACCGUGAACGGGAUCGCCGCCGCUAGGAGGCAGCAUCCAACAACUGGACGUCUUGUAGUAGUCAGGAAUGUCAGCAUAGGUCUACUGACGUGUACUGUUCACUCUAAUGACUUAAGUCAACCCAUAGAUGUUGUGACUGUAAGUAUAACGUGUAACGUGUGGAGACAAGACAGAACGAAGAGGCAACAUGAAGCAGUGUGGGAUUGGAGACGCAGGCGGCAGAGAACAAGGGAAAAGGACUGAAAGACAGAGGGAUCGUCUUAACCAGAAACGUCACUGUAGGAAGGUGACAAGGUUCACCAGUCGUCUAUACCGAAGUAUACAAUUAUGAGGGAAAAAUUGAGUACUUGUCGUUCACGUGUUGUAAAAGUAUGUAAGAGUAGUACUAGUAAUGUCAUGAUCAGUAAAACGGAAAGUCUUUUUUUAAUUCUGGAUGCUUUUGUAGUGUAUAACCGAUGUUGAAUUUUCGACAUUUAAUCAACUUUUAGAUUUACUGUUCAUUUCGGGAUGACAGGAUGAUAUUAAAGGCCUAAAUGUGA